GCGGGGCGCCCGCCAGGCCUCCCAGCUUGGGCCUCGCCUCCCCGCGAGCCCGCUGCAAAGCUCCGCGUUCCCCAGGUGCCGUCGGCCGGAGCGGAGGAAGAUGCACCAGGAGUCCCACCCCAGCGACCCCCGCACGCCAGCCCGCAGCUCGGUAGGUCGGAAGGGGGCGGGCAGGCCCGGGCGCGCGCACCGCUAGGCCGCGACCCGCCGCCGCAGACCCUUCCCGGGACCGCGGGCCGUGCGCGCCCGCAGCGGCUGCGGGUGACAGAGCCGGGCGUGGAGCGGUCUCCCGGGCCGACCACCCCUGCGGGGAGGGGCACCAGUGGUGUGCUCCGCAGCGCGCACACCUCGGGCGACGCCGGGCUCCGCACAGCCGCAGGACCCGAGCGCAGCGACGGGGAGCUGGGAGCGGGGAGCGGGCCCCGGGCGCGCGCCCAGCAGGCGGCGCUCGCCCCGUAGGCGGCGCUCGGCGGCGCGGCGCGCUACGGAAAGCCGGAGGGAGGCGGGGCCGCCGGCGUGAGGGGGUGUGUCUGCGCGCACCACGGGGGCGCGCGCCGGCCUCUGACUGGAGGCGGCGGCGGCGGAGGCGCGAGCUGCCCGAUAAUGGCGGCCUGCAGAGCCCGUGAGAGGGAGCAGCGGCGGCGGCUACCCUGAGGUAAAGCAGGCGCUUCGGCGCGGCACGGAGGUCCCGCCGCAGAGCCGCCGGCCCCGCACGCGCCUCUCCUCCCCGCAGGCCUGUCACAGACCUGACAGCGGAGUCAUCGCGGGCAAGGCCCGCGCUUCAGGCCACCGGCCCCGGCAGCGGCCUCCUCUCACGCCAGGGCCACUCCCCGGGCCCCGGCGCUCCGCCCGCAGCCCCGAGGAGUGCAGGCCGCCGCGGGAUCGGCUCCGGGGGCGCAGGGCCCCGGGAGGAUCCCCGCAGGGUCUCAUCGGGUCGCGGCCGCGGAGGGGACGGCCCGAUCCUUAGCCAGGAGCGUGGCCCGAGCCGCCGCGUCGGGCAGCACCUCUGGCCCCGGCCGGCCCUCCCCCGGCACCAGCAGGUGUAUGGCCCGGCCGGCCGGCGUCCAGCGCUGGGUGAGCACGGCAGGCAGGAGGGCCCGGGAGAUGCCAGCGUAAGUCACCUCGGUUCGCACGGCGUGCGCCCGCGCGCUCUCUGGACCCGGGGUUGCGGGGAUUUCAAGCCGCCUUCCUCGUUCCUGAUUCAGGAAGGGGCCGCUUCCUAGGGGGUCACUGCACCCAGCGGGAGAGGAGGGCUGCCUCCGAGAGCGAGCCGCUGGGGACGCGCCGCAUCGGCGGUCGCAGCGCAGAAGCCUGCCUGCCCCAGUGCCGGGCAGGAAAUCGGCCUCCAGGGCGGAGAGGGAUUGGAAGGGUGCUGCCCAGGUUGAGGAAGCGGACUUGGGGCGUCGCAGAAGCAGGCGUUCUCGUCCCCAGAUCUGCCCUGUAGAUAUAAAGGGGCUGUUUCCUACUUCUCAGCCUCCAGAGUCAGUCGAUUUUUGUUUCCCCAGUUGUACAAGAUAAAUAUCGUACAAUCUCAGGUUAUCUUCCUUGCCCAUGGUGACAACCUACAAAUGAGAAUGGGGAGUGAGAAGAAACCUCGACCUUGAAGAUGGUGAGUAGCCAGCCAAAGUACGAUCUAAUACGGGAGGUAGGCCGAGGUAGUUACGGUGUUGUGUAUGAAGCAGUCAUCAGAAAGACCUCUGCACGGGUGGCAGUGAAGAAAAUUCGAUGCCACGCACCUGAAAAUGUUGAACUAGCACUUCGUGAAUUCUGGGCACUAAGCAGUAUCAAGAGCCAACAUCCAAAUGUGAUUCACCUGGAGGAAUGCAUCCUGCAAAAAGAUGGGAUGGUGCAAAAGAUGUCCCAUGGCUCUAAUUCUUCCCUUUACUUACAGCUUGUAGAGACUUCAUUAAAAGGAGAAAUUGCCUUUGAUCCCAGAAGCGCCUAUUAUUUGUGGUUUGUGAUGGAUUUUUGUGACGGAGGAGAUAUGAAUGAGUAUCUGUUGUCCAGGAAACCCAAUCGGAAAACUAACACCAGCUUCAUGCUUCAGCUGAGCAGUGCCCUGGCCUUCUUGCAUAAAAACCAGAUCAUCCACCGGGAUCUGAAGCCAGACAACAUCCUGAUUUCUCAAAGCAGGUUGGAUACCAGUGACUUGGAACCCACAUUGAAAGUGGCCGAUUUUGGUCUAAGUAAAGUUUGUUCAGCCUCUGGGCAGAACCCAGAAGAACCUGUCAGCGUAAACAAGUGUUUCCUUUCCACGGCAUGUGGAACAGAUUUCUACAUGGCUCCUGAAGUAUGGGAGGGACACUAUACAGCAAAAGCUGACAUCUUUGCCCUGGGGAUUAUCAUCUGGGCCAUGCUGGAAAGGAUCACCUUCAUAGACACAGAGACAAAAAAGGAACUCUUGGGGAGUUAUGUAAAACAAGGAACUGAAAUUGUGCCAGUUGGGGAGGCACUUUUGGAAAAUCCCAAAAUGGAACUUCUAAUUCCUGUGAAGAAAAAGUCUAUGAAUGGGCGAAUGAAACAACUGAUUAAAGAAAUGCUGGCCGCAAACCCUCAGGAUCGUCCAGAUGCUUUUGAACUAGAACUCAGAUUAGUACAAAUUGCAUUUAAAGAUAGCAGCUGGGAAACGUGACAUAUUAUUUGCAAAUAUCUUGGAUGAUAUGCUGCUUCUGAUUUAAAGUGAUGCAACAUUAUAUGGCUGAAAAAGAAUACAAAAAGCUAAACUCCACCUUGUAAGGGUCUAGAUUUUAUUGUGGGAUUCUUUUUUUCUUCUCAUUUUUCUUAAUUCGAGCUGGCCAUUUUAUUAGUACGUUUUAAAUGUGUAUUACCAA